AUUAUAUUUUAAUGUAAGCCAAAAGAUUAGUACUUGAUCCUUUUUGUUAUAGACAAUUUGGAAAAUAAGGAAGUCAAUAAAUUCUAUAUGAUAGAGAGAAAUUCGUAGAAAAAGUUAAUGAAUUAUACAAAAAAGAAGAAUUAAAAGAUGGGUAUAAAUUAUUACAUUAUUAUAGUUAUGCUCCAUUUUGUAAACACAUAUUUAUAGAAAAUUUUACAGAUACACCAAACUAUAUUUUGAGAAUAACAAAUGAAAAUGAGCAUUUAAUUAGAACUGCAUACAAAGCUAGAAAUGAAAGAGAAGUAUUUAAAUAUUGAUUAAAUUAUUUAAGUUACCUGUUUUAUCAAGAUUUAUUUAAGCAGAGUCAAUAUAAUUAUAAAAGGCUAAAUAUUUAGAUAUUAUUCUUUAUUCAAAGGAAUAAAUUACAAAAGAAAAUAAAUCUUAAGGUGUUGAAGAUAUUCAUGGUGAAAUUGAUUAUGAUUUUGGAAUAAUAUCUAUAAAACCAUAAGAUGAAAAUCAAGAAAUACCAAUGCUUCCAAUAACAUCGAUGAGAAAUUCUUUAGGAACUAAAGAAGGAGGAUCUGGUGUAGAAAUAAAUAGAGAAGAAUAUUUAAAAUCUGUAGAUUUUUGGUCAAAACAUGUUUUGGUUGAGUGAUAUUUAUUU